CCGGCUCCCUCUCAGCUGUUGCGACAUUCGUCUCGCAUGUAAUUGCAAUUGAAUUUAAAUUUUUAAUUGGCAUGUACAACUCAGCCAAAAAGCUGCAGCGUGUGCUCACCGCACGCGAGAUUCGCAAGACAUUCAUCGACUACUUCACGGUGAAUCAUGAGCAUAAAUUCGUGCGAUCCAGUCCGGUGGUGCCAUUCUGUGAUCCCACCGUUGCCUUUGUCAAUGCGGGAAUGAAUCAGUUCAAAUCCGUUUUCCUGGGUACGGCAGCAGCACCGCACAAACGCGUUGUCAAUUCGCAGAAAUGUGUGCGAGUUGGUGGUAAACACAAUGAUCUAUCUGUGGUUGGUCAGGAUGGCUAUCAUCACACCUUCUUCGAAAUGCUGGGCAAUUGGUCCUUUGGUGACUACUUCAAGCGUGAAGCCUGCGCCAUGGCAUUGGAGCUAGUCCGCGGACCUUACAACAUUGAUCCGGAGCGUUUGUAUGUCACCUACUUUGCCGGCGACAAGCUGCUCGGCAUUCCUGCCGAUCUCGAGUGCGUUGAAAUCUGGCGCAGUUUGGGAUUUCCCUCAGAGCGUAUAUUGCCCUUUGGUUGCAAGGAUAACUUUUGGGAAAUGGGUGCAACGGGGCCUUGUGGACCCUGCACUGAAAUUCACAUCGAUCAUCGACCUGGUUCUGGACCCAGUUCCAUCCCAGAGCGAGCCAAACUAGUGAAUGCAGGACGUUCAGAUCUCACUGAGCUUUGGAAUUUGGUAUUCAUUCAAUACAAUCGCCAUGCCGAUGGCAGCAUCACGGAGCUACCCGCCCAGCACGUGGAUACGGGUAUGGGAUUCGAGCGUUUAACAGCGCUGCUUCAAAAUAAAUCCUCCAACUAUGACACGGAUCUCUUUACGCCGUUCUUUGAUGCCAUACAAAGCCUCUCCAAGGCGCCCGUCUAUGCAGGCAGCUUUCCCGACUCCGGCUCCGCUUCCGGUUCCGUCUCACAUAAUUCAGCGCUGCUCGAUACCAGUUACCGAAUACUUGCCGAUCAUGCACGAAUGGUCACCACAUGUCUGGCCGAUGGAAUGCUUCCGGAUCAGAAUCAGAAAUUGAGGCGAGUGCUGCGCAAGGCGUUAAGCAUAUCGGAACAAGUGUUUGCCCGUGACGAUUUGCUGAAACAGUUGGUGCCCAUUGUAGCUGAGACGCUGGGCGAGGCUUAUCCGGAGAUAUCCAGCAAACAACAGUCGGUAAUUGAACUGAUCUCCCAUGAGCAGGAGGUGUACAAGAAUCUGCGUGAGAGCUCGUCCAAGGCCUUUGCCGAGGUGCUAACCGAAUUUCCGAAGCUGGAUGACAUUGAUUUGAUGGAGUGUCCUGGAUUUGUGCCCGCCUAUCGUGAGUUUCAAGUGCAGCGCUCCAGUUUCCCCAACAACACCAUACCAGGUGACUUCCUGUACAAGCUAACGGACACCUAUGGCCUAACCGAGGACAGUUUCCUCAAGUUGGCCGAGCUGGAGAACAUGAACUGUGAUUUGGAUCGAUAUCACGCCGAAUUGGCUUUGGCCAAGCUCAGGACUAAGGAACCACAACGGCAUAAAGGAGAUGACAAUGAUUUACAGUUGCAGCAAAGGAUUGGAGAAGCGCAGGCGGAGAUUACCAAAAGAUUAGCGUCCACUGAUAACAGUCACAAGUAUAUCUACACUUAUGACACGCCCAGUGAAUCCUAUACAAUUCCAAUUGUUAGCAGCCGUGUGUUGGGAUUGCUACAAAAUGAUACAGAGUUGUCAAUCCUCAGACUCAACUCAUCCGCAGCCGAAUCCUCAAGAAAUACGUUAUCUAUUGUCACUGCAGCCAGCAAUUUUUACUAUGAAUCGGGCGGUCAACAAUCGGAUCUUGGCAAACUGCUGGUUAAAAACAAACACAGACCCGGGGAGCAUCUGGAGUUGAAUGUCUCGGAUGUAAAGCUUCUCAAUGAUUGUGUGGUGCAUGUUUGCUCCUUGGCCGCAUCCACCGAAGACUUUGAGCUUGCCGUUGGAGACGAAGUAAAACUGGAGGUGGAUGCCAAACAGCGGCAAUUAAACAUGUGCCAUCACACAGCAACCCAUCUGCUGAACGCGGCCAUAAGGACGCUCUUCAACAAGGUGACAUAUCAGGUGUCUAGCACUGUUAACAGUGAGCAGUGCAAACUGGAAGUUGGUCUGCUUGGUAAGCGCAUUCAAAAGACUGAUGUGCAGCACAUUGAGGAUUUAAUUAACCGUGUCAUCUGCUCCGCCUCUCCUGUCAGUGUUCAGCAUCUCAGUGCUGCCGAUGUUCUACAACAGAAUGAUAUAACAAUGGUUCCGGGUGAAGUGUAUCCCGAGCAGGGAUUGCGUCUUAUCACUGUGCAAUGUCCCGAGCUGGGUCUUAGCUCCAAGGAACUCUGCUGCGGCACUCAUGUGACCAACACAAAGCAGCUCUCCGGCUUUUGCAUCGUUAAUCUUAAGCAAACGAAUCGGGCGCGAUUUGCUUUCACCGCAGUCGCUGGACAAGCGGCUGAGAAUGUUCUGAAAACAGUAGCUCUGCUGCGACAUCGAGUGGAUAUGCUGGAGCAACAGUUCCAGACCGAUAAGCUGACCAAUGCCACUGAGAUUGAGCUGCAGACGAUACGCCACAACAUGCUGCACUCGGACAUAAAGCUGUCAUAUGCCUUUAAAGUGGACACUCUCGAGCGGAUUAACGAGAUGCUGCGCAAACUCAAGGAGACAUCGAGAACCACUCUCAAAGAAUUUGUGGAAGUUGAAAUGCGCAAUUUGAUGUUGGAGAAGCCGCUGGACACAAAUCCCUACAUUUUGCACUAUAUAUCCAGCUCGGCGCUGCUGGAAGAGAUUCCCCUGCAGCGUGCCACCAAACUAUGUACAGAUCGUCCAAUUCUCGUUGUCAGCAUGUGUGAUAACAUCGUCAAGGCGCGCUGCUGUGUACCUCAGAACUGCAUCAGCGAACAAUUUAAUGCGGCACUUUGGCUGCAAUCAUUUGCCAAGACAUUUGGCGGCCAGGUGACGGCACCCAAGGGACAGAAUCCCGAGAUGGUGUGUAAUAUGAAGGGACGCAAGGUGAACACACAGUUCGAGGAGCAACUGGAGCAGGCGAUGUGCAGUGCUCAACAUUAUGCCAAGUCCCAUUUGGACUCUUAAUUGAAUGCAAAAGUAAAAGCUAAGCUUAAGGUUGCCAUUGUGAGCGAACAUUUAAAACUGACUAAAUAGAGAUGUACAUAAAGCAGGUUAA